AUGUUGUACACUUAUGCUCCGUACAUCAAUAUUAGCCAAUUUAUAUACAUUGAGGGUUACGACGAUGAACCAUUCAUACCACCAUCUGAAAGUGAACUCGUCCAUGAUGAGUACUAUGAGCUAAGAAUUCUUCUAAAGGCAGUAACAAUGAAGGAUAACACAGUGAUCUUGGCAUAUUUGAACGAGGCAUGGGCAGCACCAGACUCAAUAUUUGAAAUCUUUUUAGAGAGUUUCAGAAUAGGCAACAAUACAACUUACCUUCUCAACCAUUUGCUGGUUGUAGCUAUCGACAACAACGCCUAUACUCGGUGCCAGACGCUAGUCUCCCAUUGCUAUCUCCUUAGAUCAAAUGAAUCAUCGACAUUGGCUCAUCAAGCUAACUUCAUGACUCCUAAUUAUUUGGAUUUGAUAUGGAGAAGAGUGGCCUUCUUGCAAACUAUUUUGACCUUGGGUUAUAACUUCAUUAUUACGGAUAGUGAUAUUGUAUGGUUUCGAGAUCCACUUCCGCAUAUAAUGACUGAUAAUAAUUCAGACAUCCAAGUUUCAUGUGAUUGGAACCGUGGAGAUGAAUAUGACUUGAACAACCUUCCCAACGUUGGGUUCCUUUUUGCAAGGUCUAACAAUCGCACGAUCAAAUUCUAUGAGUUUUGGAUAUCCUUAAGGCACAAAUAUCCCAAUUUACAUGAACAAGAUGCAUUUAAUCAAGUAAAACAUCAACCUUCUUUCAGAGAACUUGGAGUUAACAUAAGGUUUUUAGACACAAAUUAUUUUAGUGGGUUUUGUUCACCAAGUAAUGAUUUUAACAAGGUUUGUACCAUGCAUGCUAAUUGUUGUGUUGGGUUAGAUAGCAAAAAAGCUGACCUAAAAACUACAUUAGAGAAUUGGAAGGCUUAUUAUUCUACAGAUAUUAAUCUCACGGCCAUGUCACAACCUUUUCAUUGUAGUGUUCCUAAAGAAUGUCACAUAUAA